AUGGUCAUGAGAGACUCGAAAGGACCCUUCUCCCAGAAUCCCUGGCGUAGCUUGGACCGGGUGGCAUUCUGCGAGAACGCGAUCCUACUAGAAGUCAAGGACCCAUCUCAGGGCAAGGCUCACAAAACGCCAGCCAACCACUCUGAAUUAACCACGGCAACGGCAGCCAGAUCCUGGAGAGACGAGCAGUCUCUGCGGAAUUUCCUGGACGACGUGGCGCUCGUCGCUGCCGGGCCAGGCGGCAAGGACAAGGUCGCCGCUGUCUGUCUGGAGCGGGAGUGGCAGACGGCAGAAAAGUCGGGCCUCAGCCUCUGCCUGCGUGUGGCGCGGAAUGAAGGAUUCGACGAGCAGGCGUGUAGCCAGUUGCAGCAUCUCCUCGACCAGGCUCUCCAAGACUCGGUCCGAGGUGGAGGUGCUGGAGUGGCGGGCUCGCAUGCAACCGUCGAUGGCGAUGGCGAUGGGGAUGGGCAGCUCGCCGUGCCGCCUGAUCAGAGGCCCGGGCCUCUCUUGGAAUCGAUCGUCUGCGCAUGUCGCACCCGUCUGGAGAAGCAUGCGUCGCGGCUCCUUGGCCAGCUGAAACAUGCACAGUGUCGAGCUGUGGGCAAAUGCUCCCCUCCCGCCUAUUGUGCGCUCUCGCAGGUGACGGAGCGCGCAGAAAUUGUGGACCUGUUCGGCCCCUACGGUGCCCACACCCACGCUCGAUACAUGGCGCAUGUUGCUCGUCAGCUUGACGAAUUACGCCAUCUGUGUGACGAAACGGACAAAGAUGCUGCAACGGUGUCGCCGGCGACGUGGUGUCGCGUCAGCACGGUGGCGUACCAGUGCCGCGGAUCCGGGACCCUGCGGCUAUACUUGAAGGAGAAUCUGGGCCUGAAGGCCAAAGUGGGCGUUCUGGACACGAUGGUCGACGAGAUUGUCGAGCGCAUCGGGAAGCUUGCUCGGUUCUGCCGGGCCGGUCACACCAUCGCCAUGUUUGCAGCCUGGCUGGCUCACGAAGACAUCGGGCUGACGGUCCGGGGGCUGGCGGCGUCCAAAAUCGAAGUCCAGGAGCUCAAGCACAGAACGGUGGCGGACGUAUUGGCACGCGGGGGGUCGCAAAUGCAAAAGCGGCAGCGGCCACCUCCUGAUCCUGCAACUGAAACCCAGAUCAGGGGAAAGAUGCAGCGUUGGCCCCGAUACCGAAUGCACGCCGAGGUGCAGCUGGCCGUCUUCUACGAGGAACAGGCGGAGUUGGAAACCGUGACCGCCUACGUCGGCGGCGACAAGCUGUGUUGUUACCUCUGCCACGAGUUCCUGCGCCGCCAUGGUCGCCUGCAAGGGAAUGGAUGUCACCAGUCAUUGUACUCGCUGUGGAUGGUGCCGGAGAGCAUCACGUUCGUGUCGUCCGAACGGGCCGACCAAUUCCACGAGGCGCUGAGGGGACUAUGUGAUUUACUGGAGAGCCGCAUGCUGGCUCUGCGUGGAAGGUCAGGUGGCCGGGGCCCCGAGCGGAAGUUGAAACGUCUUUAUGCUUCUCAAAACGAAUCCAUUGCCAACAUCUCUCGCAUCUCGCUCCCACCUUUCCCUUUCCCUUCUUCUCUCAGCGGCCGGGCCUCGACGCCAUCUCAGCUUCAAUCGCCUCUGCCUCUGCCUCGUUUGGACGACAACGACACGGAAGUCGUCCUAGUAUCGCGAACUUGUGUCGCAGUGUACGAAGACGAAGACGAAGAUGAAGACGGGGGAGAUGCCGACGAGCUUGAGGAGUGUUCCCAACCCACCACCACCAACCAGAACCCCAGAAUAUUGUCAAACCCACCGCCGGUGCCGGCUCCUCCAUCGCUAGCUAUGUCAUCCCUAGCGGUGGUAGAUGCUCAAGUGUCUGGCUUGUUGACGAGUCAACGAGUGUUCAGGUAUCUGGGUCGCCUCUGCCUCAUCAACAGCCUGUCCACGAAUUAA